AUGGGCCCUCCGCCGCUGCUCCUCUCCCGCGACGGCAGCAGCGUGUCGAUGGAGGUGUCAGCUCGUCGUCUACGGGUCGUCCGGCCCAAGCACGGCCCGUUCCCCCGCGAGGACGUCCUGCUGCACAAGUCCCUCGCGGGCGAGCCAGGCAGCAGCGCGGCGGUUUCAGUCUCAACAGACUGCCUGGUGGUGCGUCUCGACGGCGAUGGCGGCGCGACCUACGAGUGCCGCGGCGCGACCCGCCUCUCCGCCGGCCAGCUGCGGCUGCGCUCGCGCGGGCUCACCCUCUCGAGCAGCCUCGGCGCCGCUCAUGCGGCUGGGCCGGUGCGCGUGCAGUGGUCUGUCCCGCCGGCGGUCCGACUCGGGGCGAGCGAGCACCUGGCGGGAGCGGGUGCGUCCGGGCUGGCGCCGGGCGGGGCUGCCCACCGGCUGGUGCGCUGGGGGCGAGACUCGCCGUCGCUGCUCGAGCUGGCGCGCCGCCGCCUUGGCCGGGCCGACGCGGGCGACGCGCUCCGCGGGCUGCAGGCGGGAGGCGGGUUCGCAGGGACGCUGCAGGCGUCGAGCUGCUCCCUUGACCUCUCUGACGGUGGCCUCGUCCUCCAAGACGCCGUCGGCUGGGUCUCGAGCGGCCGCGGCGGCGCCUCGCUCGCCCUGCCCGCGGGCCUGUCUUCCAACCGCGAUGCUCCGACCCCCGCGCGCGUCGCUGCCCCGACCGCGCUCGACGGAGGCGGCGCUGCGGCGGUGGCUCUGCGCUCGCCCGCCGUGGAGGUCGCGCCCGUGCUGUUGCGUGCGAUGACUCGCCGGCUCGAGCUGCCGGGCGCAAACGCGAGCGCGGCGUCCGUGGCGGUCCACGCGAGGGUUGCUGCGGGGCGGGUGGGCGCUAGCGUGUCCGGCGGGGUCGCUCGCCUCCAGGCGGCGCCGAUGUGCGAGACGCGCGCCGAGGCGGCGGCGAGGGAGCUCAUGCUCGGCAGCGCCGCCCCUCGGCUGCCCCGCUCUUCGCUCCCUUCCACAGCGGCUCCAGCGCUCACCCGCCACGCCGCUCUCGCUGUAGGCGAGGGUGCGUCUUCGCUCGCUUUGCUGCCUCUCCUCGCCCGCCUCUCGCUCGACGGCGAGGAGAGGAGGUGGACGGGUACGCUCGGCUGGCGCCGCUCAGCGGAGGGAGCGAUCUCGAGCACCGAGCUGCGUUGCGAGCCGCGCCGCUGGCGGCUGCUCCGGCUCCUCGACGCGCGGCGGCGCGACGGGCGGACCGGAGCCGCCAGUUCGAAGCGCCGCGGAGGAGAGUGGAGCUGGACACACAGUGUCGGUGUCGCGGCGGUGCGGGCGGCGAACGGCGCCGCCAGCCCCCCCGCCGCUUCCGUCGCCCAGCGGGGGCCCGAGUGGGGGGGGCUCGAGCGGGGACGCCUCUCCAGCGCGCACGCCGCCCAAGGCCAGCAGCAGGCGCUGCACCACGCCGCAGAGCGCAGCCUUGGCGCGCAGCCGGCGAUCACGGGGCUGACCCUCGACGCGCGCCUCCGCGCCGCGCUAGGGCGCCGCCGCAGCGGCGGUGGCGGCGGCGCAGAGAUGAUCGUCACUCAGAGGACGGAGCUCGGCGACGCUGGCGCCGUCGAGCUGCAGGCGAGCUUGCCGCUCGACCGGGCGGCCGAGUCCGGAGACGGCCGCCGUGCGUCGACGGCUGUGCGCGCAGGCCUCUCCAUAGCGCUCUGA